AUGAAGCUAAUUGUGGAAAAGCCUGAAAAUAUCCUUAAUAAAGUUAAGAGCGACUUCACACGCUCUGUGCGAAGAACUAAAACUGAAUCUCCAAUUCAACGAACAGUUAAAAAAACGAUAAACAGAGGGCUCAGAAAAGAUAAAGCGAGAACGCUGACCCAACCCGAGCUGUCAUCAGAAAAAAUUGAUUUAAUUCAAGAAUUUAUUUUACGGAGUAAAACCAACCAGCCUGAAACCCAAGAACAAAAAACUCAUGAAAUAACCCUAAAAGGCCAAAAUUCUCCUUUGCCAGAUAAGGCUGACGAGAGAAAAAGUGAAAAUGUAAAUAUGAAUGAAAAGCACCCCCAAGAAGAAAAUAUGAAAAAAAAUUGUGGAGAAGUUAGCAGAGGAGAGCUUUUAUGCCAAAACGAAGAAGCAGCCUUGUCUGGAGAUAUUUAUUAUAGUGUUAACUCUCCAGAGACUGAAAGUGAAAUUGAUUUUGAGCCAUUUCCAUUUAAAUUCUAG